GACAGUGUUAUGAUCCGACUGUGUUCCUGCUUCUCGUCUCCACAUCAUCUGACAGGCUUUUAUUGUUUCACAGCAGGAGGACGCAGUGGACGCUUUAUUCACACUGUCUCUGUCUCCACCAUGAAAACUGUCCUCAGGGUUUUGUGGACAUUUUGAGACAACGUCCUGCGUUUGUUUUUUCUUCUGUCAGAUACUGAAAGUGCUGGAGCGACGGUUUACGGGAGCUCGAGCGUCACCAUGAGCCGAGCCGGGACCUCGUCGCUGCUCUCCACCUAUCAGCUGCUUUUCUUGUCGACCAUCAUCUCAAUUGAAGUCCCGUACUGUGCUGCAGGAAGCUCGACCGUCACAUCCAACAACACGCUCAGUAACCACACAAAAUGUGGAGGAGGUACCAACUGCAUCGAAGGUGUCAUCCUGCCGAUAUGGAAGCCAGAAAACCCGGCCUUCACCGACCGCCUCGCCAGAGCCACUAUUUACUUUGUAGGGUUGGCGUACAUGUUCUUGGGCGUGUCAAUCAUCGCUGACCGCUUCAUGGCGUCCAUCGAGGUCAUCACCUCCCAGGAGAGACAGAUCACCAUCAAGAAACCAAACGGUGAGAAGAUCACCACGACAGUGCGCAUCUGGAAUGAGACGGUGUCCAACCUGACCCUGAUGGCGCUGGGUUCCUCCGCCCCAGAAAUCCUCCUGUCAGUCGUGGAGGUUUGCGGUCACAACUUUGACGCCGGCGAGCUGGGUCCCAACACCAUUGUAGGAAGUGCUGCCUUCAACAUGUUUGUCAUCAUUGGCCUGUGUGUGUCUGUCAUUCCUGACGGAGAGACCAGGAAGGUGAAGCACCUCAGGGUGUUCUUCGUCACCGCCACCUGGAGCGUCUUUGCGUACACCUGGCUCUACCUGAUCCUGGCCGUCAUUUCUCCAGGUGUAGUUGAGAUAUGGGAGGGGCUGCUCACGCUCUUCUUCUUCCCCCUUUGUGUUGGACUCGCUUACGUGGCCGACCGCAGACUUCUUUUCUACAAGUACAUGUACAAGCGCUACAGAGCGGGGAAGCAGAAAGGAAUGAUCAUUGAAACAGAGGGCGAGCCGGAGCUCCCCUCAAAGGUCGACAUCGAAAUGGAUGGGAAAAUGCUCAACUCCCAUGGAGAGGAGUUUGAUUUGAAUGAGCUGGAUGAGGAGGAGGCCCGCAGGGAGGUGGCCAGGAUCCUGAAGGAGCUUAAACAGAAACAUCCUGAGAAGGAGAUGGAGCAGUUGAUGGAGCUCGCCAAUUACCAAGUUUUAACCCAGCAGCAGAAGAGCCGGGCUUUCUACCGCUGUCAGGCGACCAGGAUCAUGACAGGAGCGGGCAACAUCCUGAAGAAGCACGCCGCUGACCAAGCCAAGAGAGCCAACCAGCACGAUAUCUGCUCCGAGGUUUCACUCAACGACUUCUCCUCCAAGCUGUUCUUCGACCCCGGUACCUACCAGUGUCUGGAGAACUGCGGCAGCGUAGCACUCAACGUGGUGCGGCGUGGUGGAGACCUGACGAGUACAGUCUCAGUGGAUUACCGGACUGAAGACGGGACCGCUAACGCCGGCUCUGAUUACCAGUUCACCCAAGGAACUAUUGUGUUCAAACCAGGCGAGACUGAAAAGGAAAUCCGCAUUGACAUAAUUGAUGAUGACAUCUUUGAGGAAGACGAGCAUUUCCUGGUUCACCUCAGCAAUGUGAGGGUCACAUCUGAGGGCGCCGGCUUAGACGAGUGUGAGGCAAACCAUGUGGACUGCCUCGCAAGUUUGGGUCUGCCGUGCACGGCUACCGUCACAAUCUUUGAUGACGACCACGCCGGGAUCUUUACGUUCGAGGAACCGGUGGUGACGGUGAGCGAGAGUGUCGGGGUGAUGGAGGUGAAGGUGAUCCGGACCUCGGGGGCUCGCGGUGUCGUGGUGGUGCCGUACAAAACCAUGGAGGGGACGGCUAAAGGAGGCGGCGAGGACUUUGAGGACACACACGGAGUCCUGGAGUUUGAGAAUGAUGAGAUCUUCAAAACUGUUCAGAUCAAUAUAAUUGAUGAUGAGGAAUAUGAGAAAAACAAGAACUUCUUCCUUGAGCUCGGAGAGCCUCGGCUGCUGGAGAUGAGUGAGAGGAAAGCUGUGUUGCUUCAGGAAGUAGGUGGAUUCGUGAGAACAGGCAAAGACAUCUACAGGAAGGUCCAGGGACGAGACCACCCCGCCCCGUCCACCGUCAUCAACAUCACAGAGGAGGGGGCCGAGGAGGUUUUGACCAAGAAGGAGGAGGAGGAGAGGCGGAUCGCGGAGAUGGGCAGACCGACGCUGGGUGAACACGUCAAACUGGAGGUCAUCGUUGAGGAGUCGUAUGAGUUCAAGAACACUGUGGACAAACUCCUGAAGAAGACCAACCUGGCCCUGGUGAUCGGGACAAACAGCUGGAGAGAGCAGUUUGUGGAGGCCAUCACAGUCAGCUCUGGUGAUGAUGAUGACGAUGAAUGUGGCGAGGAGAAGCUGCCCUCCUGUUUUGACUAUGUCAUGCACUUCCUCACCGUCUUCUGGAAGCUUCUGUUUGCCUUCGUUCCUCCCACCGACUACUGGAACGGUUGGGCCUGCUUCUGUGUCUCCAUCUCCGUCAUCGGCAUACUGACGGCCAUCAUCGGCGACCUGGCGUCACAUUUUGGCUGCACCGUCGGCCUCAAAGACUCUGUCACUGCUGUGGUGUUUGUAGCUUUGGGCACAUCUGUACCAGACACCUUUGCCAGUAAGGUGGCAGCCAUCCAGGACCAAUACGCCGACGCCUCCAUCGGCAAUGUGACAGGAAGUAACGCUGUCAACGUCUUUCUUGGUAUUGGCGUUGCCUGGUCCAUUGCUGCCAUUUACCACUACUCCAAGGGCCAGGUGUUCAAGGUCGACCCGGGCACGCUGGCCUUCUCUGUCACACUCUUCACCAUCUUUGCCUUCAUCUGCAUCGGCGUCCUUGUUUACCGCCGCCGGCCCGAGAUCGGCGGGGAGCUCGGUGGACCCAGAAUCCCCAAGAUCCUCACGACCUGCCUGUUCUUCAGCCUGUGGUUAAUGUACAUUAUCUUCUCCUCACUGGAGGCCUACUGCCACGUAAAGGGCUUCUAAAAGUUCUGCUUCUGAAAGGUUCUUACAGUUCUGAUGGGUUUCUACAGGCACCAGUAGGUACCUGCAUAUUCUGACAUGUUCCUGUCAUUUCUGUUAUUUGUCUGAAGGUUUGGUAGAUGUCUAAAGGUUCUAACAGGUUCCUAACAGUUGAUGCAUUCCUUAAAGUUGUAAAGGACAUGUACCAGUGCUGAGAGGCUUCUGAGAUUAGGUUGAACUACUAGUUCUAAAAGGUGUUUUUGAUGAUCUGACAGGUUUAUAAAUGCAGAUUAAUAAAUGUUCUGCUGGACCCUGUGAAGUUCUUUCAUGUUCUUUAAAGAUCUAACAACUUUAAUGGAUCCCAAAGGUUCCUGGAGGAUUCUACAGCUUCUUGUCAGUUCUGGUGCUUUCCUAAAUUUUCCAAUGGGUUACUGUCAUUAUUUCAAGGGUUUGGAUAAACUUGUAAGGGUUCUGCUGGGUUCUGACAGGUUCUUAGGAUUUUUGUUGUACAUUUAAAGGUGUAGAUAAACAUCUGAAGGUUGUUACAGGUUUCUGACAAUUGAUGGAUUUCUAAAGAAGUUCCUGAAUAAUGUGCAAGGUUCUUAGAAUUUUUCUAAAAUUUCAGAUGAACUUCAAGUUGUUUUGCGACAUCAGAGGUUCGAGGAAUAUUCUUACAUGUCUCUUAUUUGUCUGAAGGUUGGUCUUUAAGGUUCUUUAGCAUUCGAAACAUGUUAUAUCACAAUGUGACGGGCUUCUGUAAAUUUUCUAAGCGUCUAGAUAAAGGUUCCUAAAUGUUCCUAUAAUUAGAGGUUUGAGCUUGAACGUCUGAAACCCUAUUGUUGUUGUUUUUGUGCAGAUGUAUUAUUAUUUUUCUUUAGAAAUAUUUUUACAGACUCAUGUCAGAUGGUUUAUUGUAGAUAUGAAAAUUUCUCCAAUGAUUGGAAGUUGUGUGCUAACGUUGCCCAAUAACGAUGAGGCCAAUCAUCCUGAUGGGGGCGCUAUAAUUAAAGGCCCACUUUGAAAAUCAUAGCUCCAACACUACAAGUCCAAUUUACAUAGAACUUGGCACAAGCAUUCAUUUAUACUCACUCUAUCAAUUUGCCUCAAGAACCAUAAAGAUCCAUCUGACGAGAUUUUUUGCGAUUUUGAAUUUUCUGACAAACACAUUUGUGACGUCUCCUCCUAAACCAUUGGUCCAUUGUGCACCAAAUUUUCUGUGGAUCAUUGUUGGGCCAACCUUAACAAAACAUAUCAAAACCUUGUUGAUAUUUUGUUGCAUUUUGAAGAUACUGACCAAUGAACUUUAGAGGGGGCGUGGCUCAGCACAUACAUAGAUUUAACUCCACAGUCAUUGGGCAAAUCAUCAUAAAACUUGCAGGAUGUGUCCACAUAAGUACCUGGAACAUAACUUGAAAGUUUCACUCAAAUAGACCACUAGACGGUGCUAAUAAUGCAAAAGAAAGGGGUGUGGCACAACACAGAUCAGACAGAUUAAUCAGAAACUGUCAUCAUGACAAAACUUGCAGGAUAUGUUUCAUAACAAUGUUGAACCAUGUGUGUAAAAGUAUUUUAACAUUGAUCCCUAGGUGGCGCCACCAGUUCCAAACAUGUUCAUGGGCUUGGCACAUAUUCGGCCAUGGUGAACUGAUUUUCAGUCAGUAUUUAAAGGGGCAAGAAACCCAUCCUCUGAUAUGACAGGGAUCAUAAUCCUGACUUUAUCCAUUUCUACUGUAGCAUUUUUCUUAUUGAACUCAAAACCUUUAUUCUAUAUGCGAAAAAGAAAGACAAGGAGAACUUGUUACAUUGGAUCGGGUCCAGAUCAAAAGCUUUGAACUUCCUCUGAGCUUGAACCCUGAAAUCACCUCUUGCAGCUGUUUUAUCAUGUGUUAUUUGUCAAAAGGUUUGAUAGAACUCUAAAGGUUGUAUCAGGUUCCUGUCAGUGGAUUAAUUUGUGAGGGAUCUGAUGGACAUCUAACAGCUCUGUCAGUAUUCUGUUCAGGUCUUUUAGGUUCUUUACAGCUCCAACAGACUCAAAACAUCUUUGAUGUGGUUCCUGACAGAUUCUACCUGUUCUUCACUGUCCUGGUGAAUUUCUGGACGUUAUUGUGGAACCCUUCUUUUUGAGUUACUCCAUGUUGGACUGCUCUCUGGCUGCUGAGUGACCUCAGAGACUGGACUUUCUUCAUCCUCACGUACAUCCCCAACAUUACAGACAUUAACGUGUUCCAUCAAUCCUUCGUCUGUACCUCUCUGCAAUGUUUAACAAAAAAUAACAUUUUCAUUUUGUCGUGCGAGGACUUUGAAUCACAACCACAGCAGCGAUGACGGAGGCAGCUCAGGCUAAAGACUUCUAAAAACCUACAGGACGUUAGAUGUUAAAGGCGACUGGAGCAGUAGUGUUGCACCUCAAUGAAUAUCUGCACUGAGUUUGAAACAUAGUUGAGUUUGACAACGGAUCCAGAGUUUGGUGUUGAAGCCAUCUUUGAACUCUUUGAGACUCUGCGCUCGGUCGAGCUGAACCAGAACUGCUGCAGAUCCAAAAUGUUUGAGGACAUUUACCUGUGUAUGUUUGUGUGUGAGUGUGUGUGAGUGUAUAUGUAACCUCAAAGAACACUGGGAAGAAGAGACGUCUGUCGUGAUGUUCUGUGAUAUGAUUGGACGAUGUAAACACAGAGUUGUUGGGUAUGAUCUGACGGCAGGAUGUCUUCCCUUCAAAUAUUAAAGUGCAGUGAGUGUUUUUCCUC